AUGGCCGGAGUCGCCUCUUCGUCCAACCAGACCUUUCAAUCUGCGGCGACCUCGGACCGUCGGAAGUCGUCGCCGAAGUUCCGAAGCUUCCAUCGUCCAAUUUGCCCUUCCAUGGCUUCCCAGGAGGCGGCUGCCCAGUCGGAGAAGACCUGCGACAAGUCGCAGUCCUGGCCCCUGGGUCGGGCGCAGAUCAUUGACUGGAAGUCGGGACGUUCCGUGCUGGCAGGACAAGAGGACCUGCCUUUGCGGAACGCUCUUCCCUCAGUUUGCUUGGAGCACUGGCAGCAGGGAUGGCCGCACGUCCAGCUGCAGGAUGCGCCUGGAUCCGGAUGCUUCAUCUGCGACAGGUCUGCGCCAAGCACGCAGCCCAUGGCAGAGAAGUCGUCCACCUUCCCGGCCCGGAAUGCACGAUCUGCUCCAGGCCCUAAACCCUUUAAACCCGAAACCCUACACCCUGAACCUGCAGCAGGUCCUACUCGGACAGGGCGCUACCUUCGCAUCCAAAGGCCAGCCCGUAUAUCGCGACUGUGCAAAAGUGGAUUUGGGAUUAGAGUAACCUUGACACUCUGA